AAAAAACCAUAAAACUUCCAUUUGCAUUUCCUCUCCACCUCUUCACCUCAAAUAUUUUCAUUUUUUUUUUCAAAAAACUCUUUAAAAAUUAGAAAAAAAAAAAAAAAAAAAAAUCCAAAAUCCAUUAUUUUUUGUAAAAUCAACCUCAAGCGCUCAAUAUUCUGUCUCCUAGUUUCUCUCUCUUUGAGGCGUUUCUUCCUCAACCUUUCUUUCUCUCUCCUCCCCAAACUUUAAACCCUAGUUCUGCUAGGGUUUCAUUUUCAUUUUUUUCACUCAUUUUUUCUCAAUCAUUUUCCAUUUUAUCUAGGGUUUUGUCAAAUUUGGUAUUUGAAUUUGUAAUUUUUGCUUAAAUUUUGUUGGGUUUAAAGCUCGAAAAAUUCAACUUCAAAUGGACGGCCGAAAGAGAGGAAGGAACAACGAUGCUGGUGCUGUUCAUUCUAAUGGCGGAUUUAAGAAGCAUAAGCAAGAAACGGAUGGUAUAGGAAGCAAAUCAAAGCCUUGCACCAAGUUCUUCAGUACAUCUGGAUGCCCAUUUGGAGAAAAUUGCCACUUUCUGCACCAUGUCUCUGGUGGCUACAAUGCUGUUGCUCAGUUGAUGAACCUUCCGCCCAUGUCAAGAAAUGCUCCACCACCACCACAACCCCCUCCACAGUCACACAACGGCUCUGCUCCUGGCGCUAAAACCCGCCUGUGUAACAAAUUCAACUCUGCUGAAGGGUGCAAAUAUGGCGAUAAAUGCCAUUUUGCCCAUGGUGAGUGGGAACUUAAUAAACCUGUUGGUCUACCAUCCUUUGAUGAUCCUCGUGCUAGGGGGGGUCAUCCGAUGCAUGGACGCUUUUCUGGGCGACAUGAGCCACCUGUUCCCGCUGGUCUUGGUGCCUUUGGCGAAUCAGCAACUGCUAAGAUUAGUGUUGAUGCCUCCUUAGCUGGGGCCAUCAUUGGUAAGAGCGGUGUGAACUCGAAACAGAUUUGCCGUCAAACAGGUGUGAAGCUUUCGAUUCGGGAUCAUGAUUCUGAUUCAAACAAGAGGAACAUUGAACUUGAAGGAACCUUUGAUCAGAUCAAGUUGGCGAGUGAAAUGGUACAUGAUCUUGUAGCAAGUGUCAGUGCAAAUACUCCCUUUAACAAGGCUCCUGGAGGACCUGCACCCCAUGGACCUUUCUCAACUAAUUAUAGGACCAAGCUUUGUGAGAACUUUACAAAAGGUUCAUGUACUUUUGGAGAUAAGUGCCACUUUGCUCAUGGGGCUGCCGAGCUACGGAAGUCUGGAGUAUGAGUCUUUGCGGAUCCCAAUUUUGUUUGUUGGGUUUUCAGUCUUCAUGAUGAUGGGUUUGUGAAGCUCUUAAUCUUGAAUAUGGCUAAUCCAAUCUAGACUCUUUUUAGUAAAAUGAGGUUCAAUGAUUCCUAGAUGGCUUAUUUGCUGCUUGUCAUUACUAGUUUGUUUUCCUUAGGUUUUGUGGUUGGACGAUACUUGUUUGCUUUUCCCACCUCUAAUAGAUAGAAUUCUGCUAAACAUGGGAGGUAAUGGCUGGUCAUUACAUUCAACUAAUUACUGUCAAGAGAAGAUAGACAGAAGGUAAAUUGCUGCAUGGUGUUGUAAUUCACGUUAGAGCUGUCAUCAGAGUAUAAUCAGACACAGGCUGUAUUUGCACUGUUUUUGGAAUAGCUAUGUCAUGACCAUAGACUGUCGACUCCUUUCAUUGGCCUAGUGUAUGUUUAGAAUAUAUUUAGCCGCUAAAUCUCUAUUUUCAUGAUCGUACUUGAUCUACUUGCACAUUCAUUAGCAUGUUGUGGAUGCAAUGAAAGUUAAUUUAUUUAAACUAAUUAUGUGGAAUCCAUGUUCAUGGCUUA